UAUCAACAGUCUUUAACUUCUCAUCUCUUUCUUCUUCCAUGAGGGUUGAAGUAGUAGUUAGGAAUACAUAUUUUUAAACUCCUCCUUUCUCUAAUCUUAUAUAUCUUUCCAUUCAAUUCAAAAAAAAAAAGAAUCUUAUAUCUUUCCAAAUACAUAAACCCAUGUCCCAAAUUUCCCAUUAAAUAACAAUUUAGUUUAGUGCAAUCUUUUUUCUUAUCUUCUCCCAUCUCUUUACAAAAACUCAUACUAAUACUUUCUUUUAUACCUCUCUAUUUGUAUCCAAUAAUCAAAACCCAUCCCAAAUUCUUAAGGUCACUAAACAAUUCUUGUUUUUUUUUUUUUUUGAUAAAGCUAAAUGUUUUGAGUCGUCCUCAGUGAUGGAUGUGAUAGCAACUACAACAACUAUUGUAUCCGACUUGGAUUCAAGGCAACCCGAAAUCGAAGCUCCGAUCCGGAUCCAGCCCGCGAAGCCUAUUUCUUUCUCCAACGGCAAACGCUGCCACCACAAUCAUCUUGCGUCCGAAGCGGCUGCGGUUGCGACAACUUACAAAGAAUGCCUAAAGAACCACGCCGCAAGAAUCGGAGGUCACGCUUUAGACGGAUGCGGCGAGUUUAUGCCGUCUCCGGCUUAUAACUCCAACGACCCGACUACACUAACGUGCGCCGCUUGUGGUUGCCACCGUAACUUCCACCGCCGAGAAGACGAUCCGUUAUCCGCUUCUGCCGUCGUUCCGGCGAUAGAGUUUCGUCCUCACAACCGUCACCAGCUUCCUCCUCCGCCACCUCCUCCUCAUCCGGUGGGGAUUCGUAGUCCUGACGACGAUGAUUCAGCUUCUCCGCCGCCGAUCUCGUCCUCUUACAUGCUCCUUGCACUCUCCGGAGGAGGAGGAGGAGGAGCUAACUCGGCGGGUCCAAUGUCUAGGAAACGUUUUAGGACAAAGUUUAGUCAGUAUCAGAAGGAGAAGAUGUUCGAGUUCGCUGAGAGAGUUGGGUGGAGGAUGCCUAGAGCUGAUGACGUGGCGGUUAAGGAGCUUUGUCGGGAGAUUGGUGUUGAUAAAAGCGUUUUCAAAGUGUGGAUGCAUAACAACAAGAUUUCAGGACGCGGCGGAGCUAAAAGAGCUAACGGCGGAGUAGUAAGUGGAGGAGAUAGUCGUGAGAGUGUUGUUCCGACGAAUGGGUCGUUUUCUUCGACGUGAGGAAGAGAAUUGAAAACGUUUGAAAAAGCGUCGUCGUUUUAGUGGCUAAUUCUUUUUUCUUUUCUCGGUUAUGAUUUUUUUUUUUAUAAUAAUAAUGUUAGUCAACUGGUCAAGUCUAUUUUAUAUUCCUUCUUUUGUUUUGUAACUGCUGUUAGUAGUUUAAGGGAGGUGAUUUGAGUAGCUUCAGACCAAAUGCAAGAAGAGAGAUAAAAAGAGUAACCUCCUAAAAUUUAAUGACAAAGUGAACUAAUCCAA